CUCCCAUCUUAGGGACGAUGCCAUGAAAUUCAAAAUAAUGCCGAAGAAAUCCAACAAAUGGCGAUAAACAACAUCACAGGCGGGUCCUCACGGGAUUCCGGAAUUCAUGCGGAUUUCGGGAAUCAUUAGAACUAUUAGGUCUGUAUCAUUAGCCACCUGUAGCACCCAACAUGUCCAAGCACUCCAGGCACAUCUGUCGUGACAUCCUGGCGAGUUACUUCAGCCACAGGUUCACGUGGAUGGCCCGCGCAGCCUCAGAAAUGGUCAAAUAAAUUUAGUCACGUGAUUUCGGCCAAUCGUCGUCGCGAAUUUCAUCUCAGAUUAUGGCUUCGGGUACUCUAGUCCUUUCAGAUAGAGACGCGGAGGGCCAAAAGCCAACCAGCCAAGACGAAUUCAUCCUCGAACAGGUCCUGGGUCUCACGAGCACCUCCUGUCACGCGCUGGCCCACAGUCCCACCUCGGGCGUGGUGGCGUUUCCUGCGGCCUGCAUGUUAGUGCUGCUUGACCCAAAAACUAACGAUCAGAAGUUUAUGGAGAGCCCCACCGUGCAUUGCAUCUCUUGCGUUAGCUUCACUGAAGAUGGGCGGAUGUUGGCCUUUGGCGAGCAUGGACUGAAGCCUCACAUUUCCGUGUGGCUUGUGAAAGAGCACAAAGAAUACAGUAAGUUCAUAGUGGACCACUCGGUGGGCAUCAGGGCUAUCGCUUUUCAUCCCAAAUCGGCCUUCCUCGUGGCUCUCGGAAACUGCGACCUAAACAUCGGAGUGUGGGACUACGUGCGCGGGCGCAGACUGGCCCUGACGAAAUGGCAAACGUCGCCGCUCGCGAUGACCAUACCCAGACCAGGGGCGUACGUCGCGGUGUGCGGUCAUCGAAAGGUCACACUCUUCAACAUCGACCGCAUAGAUUCCAACACGCACGAGACGAACGUGUUCCAAGACAGGAAAGCGGUGCUCCUCGGCAGGCAGAGCGAGUACACAUUCGUGGACAUCGCCAGCGGUCGGAACAAGCACGAGCGGGAGGUUUACACGGUGACCAGCUGCGGUUUCCUGUGCGAGAUCAAGAUGGGGGACAUUGUCAUAGAUAAGGCGUCCAAGGUGGACACCCGGGCCUACGUGGUCAGGUACGCGAUGGAUCACGUUUUUGUAGGAUGCCGCGAGGGUGUCGUCAAGAUUUGUCAUCCGGACACGCUGAACGUGGAGGCGGCCGUGUCCGUGAAUCAGCUUCUGGGACCGGAGGGCUUCACGAAAAUUGCCGGUAAUCAAGUCCCUGACACCACGGCAAUCGCCGUCAACGAGAAGGACUCGAUCGUCACGUGCAUAUUCUCAGACGGCAGCAUGCAUUCGUGGCAGAUCAACAGCUUCAAGGACACCAUCGUCUGCUCUAUGAUUUUACCGCCGACGAAACACAAGCAGAAAGGUGCCGGGAACGAGGCUGGUCUCGGAGAACAGGCUUACAAGGCGGGCAUUCUCAGGUCACUCGUGGGAUCCAACGAGAAAGCGAAGAGGUCAAAGGCAUUUGAUUCGGUGACCAUGUCCGACAAGGCUCAAAAGCACCACGGCGUCCUUAACUUUAAGGCCAGCAAGUCCCGCUUCCAGCAGGCUAAUGCCGUGCAGUUCACCCCGGACGGGAAGGACAUAAUAUGCGGGAACGAUGCGGGCGAGAUAAAGGUGUAUGACGCCGCGUCCGGCUUCUUACGCAGGGUCAUUGAAGCUCACAGCUCUCAGGUCACGUGCAUUGAGCUCAUGUACGACGACGAGUACCAGCUCGUCUGCAGCGGAGGUCGAGACAGAAUCAUUUUCGUUUUGAACGCUAAAACAGAUUUCGGCUUGGUUCAGGUCUUGUGCGACCACUCGGCGGCCAUAACAGCCUUAAGUCUUGUCCACAACAGCGGCCUCCUGACCUUGGUAUCCGCCGCUGCCGACAACGUUAUCCUGGUGCGCAGGGCGCUACCCGGGAGCACGUUGAAAUUCACGAUCACAGGUGAGAUCGCCGAAGCCCGGUACAACAAAUCGUUUAACGUCACGAGUGAGUACAUCGUAACGGGGGCGGGAAACGGAGGGAUUAAAUUAUGGAAGGCGGAUCCCGUGUUUAGUGGAAAGCCGAGCAAGAUGAUACCUUGCACUCAGAAAUGCAGCAGCGGCCACAGGGCCAUGGCCAUCGAUCCCUCGGGCAGUUUUCUGGCCAUCACACAAUGCCCCGGCCAAAUAACCGUAUAUCAUCUACAGACGGGUCAGCCGGUAGCUUCACUGUCCAGCCAAAAUGACGUCAACUCUGUUAAAUUUUCCAACGAUCUCCGAUACAUGAUCAGCUCAACGUCCAACGGUUGCUCUCUGGUGUGGCGGCUGCCGGAACGAAUGACGGAAUUCAUGAGAUCCAAGCAGGAGAAAACUUACCAGAUAGAAAUGGCCAGGGAGAUCUCCUAUGAGACCUACGUCUCGUGCCUGCGGGUGUGCAAGGAAGUGCCAGACGACGACGGACCCCAGCACAACGAUUCUCACAAUUUCGAUCUGGACUUGACCCCGAGCAUUGAAUCACUAAGUUUGCUUGACCUGGGCGGGAACAGGGGGAGCCAACGAGAGAGUGUCUACGGCUCAGACAGUUUCAUCAGUUGCACCACAUGCCAAGGUUCUUGUUCUGACAGCGCCCUCUGCUACCCGUCCACCGACUCUAGUGUGCACAUCAGUACCAUGCCCACACGCUACCCCGGUGUGACGAAGGACAACGUGGAGCAAGGAAGGUGCACCAAGUUGGGUAUGUUCAAGUACGUCAGGUCACUGGACGCGGACGGUCUGCCCGAGAUGUACCACUACAAGAGUCGGACCAUCACCUCUCCGCCAAAGUCAGCUGGGGACGCGACUCACGAGCACCAAAAAGCUCCGAACAUCAACGUGUCUGACAAUAACGGAGAUCAGAUCCAUGUGCUGAGCGAUUUGGAGGACGGAUACAGAGACACUGACCCGGUCACCGACCAGCUUAACCCGUACGUGUCGGAGAUCAACGGCGAUUUCGACAAGGUGUUUAAAUUUAAUGAGAUGUUAGCCAAAAGUGACCAGCUCCUAAACCGCGAGUCGUGCCCGAUACCGGUGCCGCAGAAGACGACCAUCACGAGCCCGGUCAAGCUCCAGCGACUGCUCUCGCCGGCUUCGGAUAUCUCAUACAGUACAGCUAACUCGAUGGUGACGUCACGCAGCACGGACACAUCGGCGACUUGUGAGUACCUUAAUUUUUUUAGUCCACUGCCGGAGACGAGCGUUUCCGAUAACGAGGCUGUGGACGCCCGCCUAUGCCAACGCUACAUGUACAGGGACGACAUACUCAGUAACAAAGAGGCGGUGAACUCGGUGGUCGGUCUCGGCGAGGGUGGAGCUGAAAUUCCCGUCAUUGACAACAUUGGUGACUGCGUGGCCAUCAACAAAUCUCUGUCCACUGUCGUUGACUUGGAGUCUUGCCAGGAACCAUGUGACAGUGGCAAUGUUGAGAGUGGAGGAGAUCUGGGCGAUGGUGAGAAGCGUCUAGUAGUUGAUGUUGUGACUGUACACUCUGCAGUGGAGAACGAAUCUUUAAACCAGUCGAGGGAAGACGUUGCUGGGAAAAGGCUCGAAUCGGAUGUAAAAAUCACCCCUGAUACGAACGUGUCCCCGCAGACGUCAGAUGUCGGAACGAAACCCAACUCGUGCGAUGACAGCAUGGAGUACCAGGACUGCAAGUCUAAACUCAGCGACCCUUCCAGUCCUGGAAGUACGGCAGGCUCGGCCAAAGGACCCCAGGAGAUUUUAAGCAACGAUUUAUUUGAAGAAUGCAUCGACCUCAGCAACGUCAACUCCAAGACCACCACAGACUCGUCCGUCUACGCGUGCUGCAAAGAACAGCAUGACAUUUCAGCAAGCACCGGGGACAUCCUCACGGAGACGAGCACGGUGAAAAUGAGCACAUCCGAGACCAGGGAUAAACUGUGCGAGCUCUCGGCCCAUACAUUCGAGAAACACGAAGGCAAAGAGCGCGUCGAUACAUCGGCGGAUUCGUGCGGUACAACUAUGCACAGUGAGAUUGUGGAGGACGAUUAUCCCAAAUUACAGUCUGCCAAAGAAGAGCUGAACGGCACGCAAAUGGUCUUGGACGAAAUGGAACACUCGAUUACCCUUGGACUCCAGGAGAAAACAAAAGGGCUGAUUGUGGACCAAAAUGAAAUAGCACCACUCACGAAUUCUGGAGAGAUCCGGGAGAAAAUAAAAUGCAGAAUCGUGAAUGACACUCUUAAACGGGCAAAUUCUGAAGAACUCCAUGACAAACGUCUGCUCGCAAAUCGUGAUGAUAUAGUUACACGCAGGAAUUCUGGAGAUCUCCAUGGCAAACGUCUGCUCGUGGACAAUGAUGCCAUAGUUACACGCACGAAUUCUGGGGAACGCCAUUGCAAAAGUCGGCUCGUGGAUAUCGAUGGUCUAAUUACACGCCCGAAUUCUGGAGAACUUCACGACAAACGUCUGCUCGUGGACCAUGAUAACGCAGUGAUACGCACGAAUUCUGGAGAACCCCUGGAGAAGAGCAAACGUCCAGUGCUCGACCAUGUGGACGACGGCACCGUGUUUAACUACCACUCUAUAACGCGAGAUCAAAACGGGAGACUGCGAUGGAUAGGUCAGAAGGGGAACAGCUCGCGAGAUCAACCCGUGGAACAAAAAUCUCCCAGCCCAACCGAUGCGCACGUGGUGAAGCAUGGGAGCAACUGCUUGGGGGGCUCCCUGUGGAACAUCAAGUGCUCCAGGUGCGCGAGGAAAAACACUUUGACCGAGAUCGGGUCGGGUUCCGAGAAGGAGGCGUUAGACAACCAGAAUCCUAAAGAUUUUGAGACAUGGGACUGUUGCAAACAUAUUUCAGAUUGUCAAGAUCAAAGCAAAUUGGAAGGUCACGCUGCCAGGACUGACGGUGACGUAGACCCCAUAGGUCUGGAAAAUGUUGGGACGUGGAACAUCGAUCAGAAGUGUCCAGUCUCUGACCAGUCAGGUGAUCAGUCAGGUGACCAGGAGACCAAUUCUCAGGAUUGUCAGAUGAAUACUUCCGAGGCGUGUGAUUUAUUACUAAAUCCAGCUCGAUAUUUCGACAAACGUGAUCAGAACGUCUGUAGGAACUCCCAGGAGGACCCAUCACUGAAGGAAUACUACAGUGACCUAAGACAAUGUCUGCAGCUGUCCAAUUCUCAAGAAACUUUCUAUAGGCUUAAAUGGGAUGUCGAUGACCAGGAGUUGAUGGAACUACUUUCUUUGGCACUGGAGUGCAAGCCGGCAGAGUUCGCUGAGUGGUUUAGUUCACAGAAGGGAGCGUGGAAAGAAAAAGAAAGUGUGGCUUGGGACGACGACGUCAAGGAGCCGGUCAACGAAGAAUCGGGGACCGACCUCAUACUCCCCCGAGUGAUCAGCAAGCUCGAGAAACUGUGCAAGGCUCGAGGACUGAUCAACGCCAGCAGUACAACCGAUUCGAGGUCCGACCAAGGCAGUUCGACAAGUCUGCCGGAAUCAUCCAGUUCGAAAACGAACAUCAUCUCUAUAUUGGAACGGUUUUUGUCCGGCCGGAAAUCGCCACACAAGUCCAUGCCUAAAAUCGAAGAGAUGGAAGAGACAGUCCGGCGAGAAGUCAACUCUGAACAGGAUGUCCACGAAGAAAUGAAAAGAGAGCGAGGGAAACGAUUAAAUUAUUUUAUGACCAAUCAGGAGACGAAGCUUCAGCACCAGGUGGCCUUGGCGGAUGACGAGGACGAAAGCGUCACGUCCGGUUCGUCAUGUCCGUCAAGACACGCCACCACCAGCUGCAUGCCGGGAGGGGCUAUUUGUGAGAUAGAAGAGAAGCCGGGCUGCGUCGAGGGUGGUCGUUUGAACACACGUAACACCACCUCUGUAUCGUACUCUUCAGGCGCCCCGAUUGACUUGAGCCCCCACACUUACCCCACGAAGUGCUCUUUUAGCCUAAACCCUGGGAAACUGAAGGUACCAGAUUACAGUCACAAGAAUGGCGGACAUGACGUGCUGAGCCGACGCUGGUUAUCCAGUUCAGAGGCAGAUAGCACUGACACAACUGACACAAGUCUCGGAUCUAAGAAGUCAGACGUCCAGAAAGAGACAAAUUUGUCUUGUCGCGGUCAAGACCAGUUGGAGGCUUCAGGUAAUUUCAACGUUGGGGUUUAUUAGAUGGGCUUUGCUGGAUGGCUUUUGUUGGAUGUAAUUUGUUGGAUGGGAUUCGAUGGAUGGGAUAUCUUAGAUGGGAUUUGUUAGAUGGGCUUUGUUGGAUGGCAUUUGUUGGAUGGGCUUUGUUGGUUGGCAUUUUUUAUGGGAUUUGUUAGAUGGGAUUCAUUGAAUGGAUUUGUUGAAUGGGCUUUGUUAGAUGGGAUUUGUUAGCUGGUAUUUAUUACACUGGAUUUUCCAAUUAGUCACAAUUUGAAACACUUUCUGAGACAAAAAAAUAAGAGAGUAGAUAUCAGGGGCGGUAACUAUAAUUGGACGCACGACAACGCGUUUUUUCAAGUCAAAAGAAUUGACACCAAAAUAUCGUGAAGAAAACGUAGAAUGAAUGCCCUUGUUAACUGCUUGUUUCGAUUAAAGAGAUUUGGGGCUUUGGAAAUCAACACAUAUUUUUGUUUUGCACAGGAGACUUGUCCAAAACCAAAACAGAAGAAGUGCCUGAACGAAGAGUGGUUAGCGACUCCACGCCCAGCUCUGGGGGACGCGUUUUCACUCCCUCGCUCGUAGAGCUGUUCCGAGACCAGGACGACUACCUCAGGAAGCUGAAGGAGGUCAGGGAGAAGUUCGAGGAGAGCAUACAGGCCCUGAGUAACGAGCGCAAGUCUCGGAGGGCGAGAGACGAAUCCAUGACCUUCAACAAGUCGUGAGAUGAGGAUGUUGGGAUAUCCGUGGCCUCAACGCGUCAUGAGAUAAAGAUGAUGGAAUAUCCAUGGAUUUUUCUUUGCGUCGUGCGAGGUCCACAGUUGUAAAAAAUAUCGGAAAACUACAAUAAGUUGCGAAGAUGUUGCCUGAAAUGAAGCAUACACACCAUUGAAUCAGCCUUGUGUCCCGAAACCGUCCUAUCUCAAUAUAAUGGCGGAUUUAGAGACAUUUCAAGAAAGAGAAAAAUAUCGUUCUUAAACUGCUCCGCUCUCUUAGGUCGGACCCAGUCCUCGUGCUUAAAUCAUUUAAAUUUCUUUUUUUUUUUAAAUCCUCGCCAGGGAGACUUUUGACCCCCAAGAUACCUCUGACCCCCGAGAUACCUUUGACCCCAGUUUGGGUUUGAAUGUUAUUAGCAAAAAAAACCAAUAAACAUGUGAGUCCUCCAAUAGCUCAUCCACAUUUGCCUGAAUGCCACACGUCACGGGCAGGCCAAAAGAGUGUGGUAUGUUUCACUAGGAAUGUCAUAUGUCAUGGCGAAGAUGACACAUGCUUUUUAUUCUUGGACUCCCCGUCAAUUCAAAUGUAAACAAAUAAUUUUAAAAUUUAAAAAAAUAUUAUUUUA